UUGUGGGAUUCAUCUCUUGCGCUCAUUGUGAAAACGUUUUUAGACUUUUAGACCUUUUUAUAGCCACGGGCGACCACUGAUUUACCGAACUUUUGAGCAUCGUGUCACUGUACGCAGGUCCCUCGAUAAACCUUUUCCUAUAUUUUCCUUUUGUUUUCAUUUGGGACGGACAAUAUCAUUAUUAAAGAAUCGUUUUGACUUGGCAUCAACAUGAUAUUUUUCUAGGACUGAAGUCGCGCUAGUUUUUAUUCUCUGUCCGAUGGACAUUGUCGCGUUAUGGUGGGUGUCGGGGAGCCUGCCAGCCAUGGACUCCAACGGCAUAUGCCAGAAAAGCAGGCGUACAACAGGAAAUCAGGCGGCGCUGUGCCAGAGCCAACCAGAGGUGCUCCACGCUGUGGCCAGGGGCGCCAGUCUGGGCGUGCGCGAGUGUCAGCACCAGUUCAGACACCACCAGUGGAACUGCACGCAACAGGGCAAGUCUUUCCGCAGGGUAUUACAACAAGAUAUCCGAGAGACGGCAUUCGUGUUCGCCGUCGUCGCAGCCGGCUCAGUGCACGCCGUGACCCAGGCGUGCAGCGCAGGCGAGCUGCUGCAGUGCGGCUGCGAGGACCCUCACGGCAGGCGUCCGCCUCAACUGCCCGCCAUUUUUGGCAAGCAGGGGAUCACCUGGGAGUGGGGCGGCUGCGGAGAUGACGUGGAGUUUGGCUUCGAGGCAUCCAGGAGGUUCAUGGACACCAAGAGAAGGAAGACCAAGAGCGAUGUUAGGACCCUGAUUGACCUUCACAACUACGAGGCGGGAAGGCUGGUACAGUCAUGGAGCUUAUUCUGCCAAGGGCAGCACGCUGUGAGGAAUCAUAUGUGGACAGAGUGUAAAUGCCACGGGCUGUCAGGCUCCUGCUCUCUGAAGACCUGCUGGAGGAAGAUGCCCCAUUUCCGAGAUGUGGGUGACCGUCUACUGCAAGGCUACAACAAUGCUUUCAGGGUGAUGGGUAGCAAUGAUGGUGGGACGCUGGUUCCCGCUGGCCAGGGCGUGAAACCCCCAGACGGCCUGGACCUCGUCUACUCGGAUGAGUCUCCUGACUUCUGCCUUCCCUGCAGACGGACAGGUUCACUGGGCACGAGGGGCCGUGUCUGUGAUAGUUCGGUGGCUGACAUAGGGGGGUGCCACCUGCUCUGCUGUGGCCGUGGGCACAAGAAGGAGACGCAUCUGAUGGAACUGAACUGCCUUUGCAGGUUUCACUGGUGCUGCGUAGUGGAAUGCGAGAAGUGCUCCACAAGGAAGAACCUCACUCUCUGCCUGUAGAACUCUCUGGGGUGAAGAUUUCACCAAGGUCUCAACUUCUAUAAGCCCAUAACAGAAGGUUCUCAUCUUCUUAAAACUAUUUCCGAAAGGAAUGCCAGUUGGUUUCUAAAGGCCUCCAGAAGUGACUGAUAAGUCUGUGUCCAAGACCUUGUUAUGUCGGAAGUCUAUUCAUUUCCAGAAUGCAAAUGUAGAAUUUCUGGCUGACUGUCAGGUUCUGGGAUCCUCAAGAAUGCAAUAUCUUUUUCCCGGAAACAUAAUUCUCUAGAUCAGAGGGAAGGUUAACUUUGGUAAAUCUAAAACAAACCCUUCUGUUCCAUUAAAACUGUACAAUGCAUUCCUGUGGCAAAUACCCUCACCAUUUCUGAAAACUUAGCUACAGUGGGCAAAACGAGCAAGUGAAAGAGAGUAUCCUUGUCAGUUAUUAUGUAACAACGUAAACAUGGUACAGUGAAAAAUGAGUGCUGAAAUUCCUGCACAGAGCACACAGCAUAACUGUCACCAGAAGCGGACAUCUGGAUUACCGGUUUGUUCCCAUUACGCGCGUUGCGUUCCGCUCCUCAUCAGCGCACGUGUUUUGCGAUCCGGUAGAAUAUUGUACAUAGCAGAGAAAGCAGUGUUUAGUGUUCCCACCAUCGCGUUGCGCACUGCUGCAUGCAUUUCUCUGCACUGCACACACCAAACACGUCCCAAAUCGUCUGUAUGCGUUUUUUACUUCCCCUUUUCCCCACACAUGCUUGGGCGGUUCAUCAACUCCUCAUUCAGGGUCUAAAACUACCCUUUGUCUUGUCUCUCAAUCAGCAGGGGAUGGCCCCAGAACCUGCAGGUACACCUUCCGUGGCCUAUAAUUGCCACUAUGAGCACUAAAGCUAAAAGAGGCUCUGAAUUCAUUUUAAAGCAGAAUGUAGUCAGAAUCUGACGCCAAAAACAACCUGCGAUCUCCACACCAAAAUCUCCUCGCAAACCCACAAUACAAUACCAGUGUGAUCUAUUAAAUAUGUAGAACCAUAAAAACGCAUGCUGUAAACACAUAAAAAAUGCAACAUUAAACAUAUGUAUACUGUAUAUUAUGCGAGAUAACGCAGAAAGUCACGUGAAAAAAAAUAAACGCGAUACAACGCGUUGCACUUUUCGCUGCGUUUUUCGGUUUUUCUAGUAUGAACUCUAAUGGCUGUUGUAACUGAGAUCACAGAUUUUAAACCCAGUUUUACAACAUUCCCGCUUACCCCGAUGACAAAAGAGUGCAGUUAUUUUUAAAGCACUUUAAAUUCAGGCAAGCAUUUGUUUUUAAUUCUGAGCAAAAUAAAUGUUUUUUUCCAUUCUAUACAUUGAAUUUUAUUUACGUGCAUCUAAUGUCACCAAGGUCAGAAAAAAAAAUCUCUGUAUUCUGCUACUUGUUUUUAACAUCCUGUAACAUUUUAAUUCCCAAAUAAUUCUAUAGAUUCGCUGUACAACUGUGUAACGUUUCCUUCACCACCUCUGUGCAAAACUCCUGAACAGCAACUACUGGACAGGAAGAAUUAUAACAGAAAAAAUGUGAUGGAUUUUCUUUUUAUUACUGCUGUUUCACUGGGUA